AGAGGUCGUCUCUUCAAGGAAGCUGAGGGUGAAGCGACGGGGAAGCUGGAAAGAGGAAAAGGAAAAAAACAAAAAAACUGGAGAGGGAUUUUCCUCUGCAUUACUGAGUGAACUCCUACUACACUUGUUUCCUCCUUAAACCUUGACGAUUCUUCUGGGGAAUGGCCGACGGUCUCUGAUUGAUUGUCGUCGGCGGUUGUGUUCGAAGGUAAUUUAGUGAGUGUCGUUUUCCGAACAUCACUUGGAGGAUUCGUGAUUUCUUCAGAUCUUGGAAUCUGGUUCUGUUAACCUACUAUUCCAGCUGCAAGAGAUGGCUCAGUCAAUGUAGCAAAAAUAUAAAUAUCUUGUUUGGCCUACUAUUUUGUGUGUUUGUUGCCGUUCUUUUUUUUUUGACGGUGGGAUCUGGUUCCAUGUCUACCAAUUAAUGACUGAUUGUGAAUUACAUUUCUCGAGUGUUGGACAAUCCGGCUUUGGAGUUUGGCGUCAUCUUGGGAAGGAAGAAGCUCUCUUCCUCUGCCGCCGCCUCCGUCUCCAACCACAUAAGCCGUUGAUUUUUCCCACCAGUUCAUGUCUCAUAAAUUGGACAGUCCUGUUCAGACCCAGAUGCCAGUGGCAGUCUUUAAGAGCCCCCUUAGGGGUGAGUAUCAUGGAAAUAAGAUGGUGGAACCAAAGCAGCCUACAGGUAGGAGACGUGUUUUUGUGCAAACUGAGACCGGUUGUGUCUUGGGGAUGGAGUUGGAUCGGAGAGACAAUGCACAUACUGUGAAAAGAAGGCUGCAGGUUGCGUUUAAUUUCCCCACUGAUGAAAGCUCUUUGACUUUUGGGGAUAAGGUGUUGAAGAAUGAUCUUAGUGCUGUUCGGAAUGAUUCUCCACUUCUCCUAAUGAGGAACUGCUUGCAUAGAAGCUCAUCAACACCGUGUCUUUCACCCACUGGGCGAGAUAUCCAGCAAAGAGACAGAAGUGGUCCAAUUGAGAUAUUGGGGCAGUCCAAUGCCAGAAUGGAAGAUUUGGUGCAGGCAAUUGUGAAGGCAAUCAAGACGGGUGUUGACCCACUUCCUGUUCAUGGUGGUCUUGGAGGUGCAUACUAUUUUAGGAAUAGCGAGGGUCAGAGUGUGGCAAUUGUGAAGCCAUCAGAUGAAGAACCUUUUGCACCUAACAAUCCUAAAGGCUUUGUUGGAAAAGCUCUUGGGCAACCUGGUCUGAAACGUUCAGUUCGGGUAGGGGAAACGGGUUUCAGAGAAGUUGCAGCUUACCUUCUCGAUGAUGCUCAUUUUGCCAAUGUGCCUGCAACGGCCUUGGUGAAGAUCACCCACUCAAUCUUCAAUGUCAAUAAUGGGAUGAAUGGGAAUAAAACUCACAAGAAGAAUCUGGUCAGCAAGAUUGCAUCUUUCCAAGAGUUUAUACCACAUGAUUUUGAUGCUAGUGAUCAUGGAACUUCAAGUUUUCCUGUGUCUGGUGUGCACCGCAUUGGUAUAUUAGAUAUAAGAAUAUUUAACACGGACAGGCAUGCAGGAAACCUUUUAGUGAGGAAGCUUGAUGGUGUUGGGAGAUUUGGUCAGGUGGAACUCAUUCCAAUUGAUCAUGGUCUCUGCUUGCCAGAAACCCUGGAGGAUCCAUACUUUGAAUGGAUUCAUUGGCCUCAGGCUUCAAUUCCUUUCUCUGAGGAUGAACUUGAGUAUAUAGGAAAUCUUGAUCAUGUGAAGGAUUGUGAGAUGCUGCGGAAGGAGCUCCCCAUGAUACGCGAGGCCUGUCUCCGUGUCUUGGUUCUCUGCACCAUCUUCCUUAAGAAAGCUGCAGCCUCUGGUCUCUGUCUUGCUGAAAUUGGUGAGAUGAUGAGUAGAGAAUUUCGUGCUGGGGAGGAGGAGCCCAGUGAACUUGAGGUUGUUUGUAUGGAGGCAAGGAGGUUGAUAGCAGAAAGGGAGGUAUUAUCUCCCAAGUCCGACUUUGGAGAUGCAGAGUUCCAGUUUGACAUAGACUGUGGUUCCAUAGACUCUGGUUCCAUAGACUCUGAAGAACUGGAAUUGGAUUUUGCACCUAAAAUGGUGACUUACGAUUACAUUACCAGAGCAUUCCCAUGUGGAAAUGGGUUUGUUAACGGCCAUAAUCCUCUUUCAAAGCUGGAGGAGUGCUUUGAGGGGGAGGAAGAGAGUGAAGAUGAAGCUGAGCAUGACGAAGUUCCCCACCUUAAAGUUCCUGAAAGGAUCCCAUCCAUUUCAAAGCUUUCAAUGUCACUGAAAGAUACCAGUUUAGGUGACAAGACCCAAAAGUACCAGAAACUCCCUGGAGCAAAACCAGAAAAUGUUUAUCUUACUAGCUCAUCUGGGCAUAGAAGCGCAAAUGAACAGCUUCCUGCAAGUGCAAGCUUUGUUAAGCUGGCAGACAUGAAUGAGGAAGAGUGGAGCCUGUUCUUGGAGAAGUUCCAGGAGUUGCUGGACCCAGCAUUUGCUAAUCGUAAAUCCAUAACCUUAGGACAGAAGCAGAGACAGAGGCUUGGUACUUCAUGCCAGUUUUGAUAGAGAGGUGCUGCCAGUACAUGCGUAUCGAUAAAGUUGAAUAAGACUACAUAUAGGUGCGUAAGAGGAAAGAGUUUGCUUGAGGAGAUUCGAUCUAUGGGUUUUCCUUUGAGAAUGUACGGUAGUAGUUGUUGGCUUCAGUAGGACUAGUCGUUGUGCAUAUUCUUUGGCGAGAGCUUAGUAGAAUUUGUUGUAUUUUUUCCUUUCUUCUUUUCUUACGUAGCUUUUACUUCAUAUGGACUUGUUUGAUAAAUGACUAUGUAGAAUGAAAUCAUAUAUAUAAUAUAUUUAAAAAAAAAGA